AUGAAGUUCACUCUUAUCGCCGCUGUUGCUGCCUUCGUGGCUCCUAUUGCCGCCGGUCCUGCCCAGCAGACCCCCAACGAGUUCUUCAGCUUGACCAAGCGUGCUACGCUUCCCGUUCCCAAGUCGAAGGGAUCGGUCACCUACAAGAAGGCGCAAUCCGUCUCCGGUACCUUCGACGGUGGCUACAAGACCUAUGGCCGUGGUGUCAAGUGCACUGGCCAGGCUGAGGGCGGUGACGCCGAUGCGGUCUUCAUCCUUGAGAAUGGCGCUACCCUGAAGAACGUCAUCAUUGGUGCUGACCAGAUCGAGGGUGUCCACUGCAAGGGUGCCUGCACCAUCGAGAAUGUAUGGUGGACCAAUGUCUGUGAGGACGCUCUGUCCCUCAAGGGUGAUGGCAACGCGCUCGUCAAGGGUGGAGGUGCCCAAGGUGCUGAUGACAAGGUCAUCCAGCACAACGGAAAGGGAACCGUUACCAUUGACGGUUUCACUGUGAUGGACUUCGGCAAGCUCUACCGUGCGUGCGGUAACUGCAAGAACUCCGUUUCUCGCAGCGUUGUGAUCAAGAACGUCAAGGCAUACAAUGGCAAGUUGCUCGCCGGUAUCAACCCUAACUUCGGGGGAACUGCCACCAUCACUUCCACCUGCGCCUCUUCCGUUAAGGCCAUCUGCGAGGAGUUCAAGGGAACCACCCCUGGACAUGAGCCCAGCUCCGUCUCCAAGGGUCCCUCCAACUACUGCAAGUACACCGCCUCGGCCGUCAAGUCUUGCUAG